AUGGCUCGAUCUCGAUCUCGAGACUUCCCCCUGCCCCGGGAUAUGCUCCCGGACAUUUCUGUUCCUUACCAUGACUAUAUCGCGUGCAAGGAAAUGAGUUCCCGUUUGCUGGCUCACACAGUCCGUGCGUUCGAACACUUCGCCUACGACCGACUGGGUGAGGUGGACACCAGGUUCUGGAAGACACAGGCCCUUCGAGGCGAGUUAACCGUCUACAAGGAGCGUCACGCCGGUCGUGUCAGUGAGUCACUAGGCAACUCGCUCCACCGCUGUACUUCGACAUCGCCGCUCUUCUCCACGACACCAGCGGCCAUUACGCCGGCCACAAUGAUGCUGACGGGCGCUCACCACGGCUACGUGGAAAACGCGGUCAGUACGUUGGUGACCAAGUCGCAGGAGGAGCUAGCCCUUGUGAUCCGAUAUCUGCACGGAUCCUCCUCGGACUGCGGCAUCCUGCACGUCAUGGAGCCGCCAACAGAUGACGACCCGUUCCACUUCUUCGGCUUCAAAUAUUACGUCAGUCAGGCGGUCGGAGACCCGCGCAUCUGCAAGCGACGGCACUGCGUCUAUCUAGAAGACAGCGGCUUCACGCGCACCCGAACAGGCGAGAAGCUCGGGUAUCAUAUCAUGCACUCGGUGAAUUUGUCCCAGUUCCCUGAUCUUCGUAGUCGCAACUCGAUCCCGGCGUUGAUGUCGACACGAUUUCUGUACCGGCAGCGUGAACACCGCAUAGUGGAGGUGUUUAUGCUAGGCAAUAUCGACAUCAAAGGCCUCGUAGUCAAGCCAAUCUCGCUUCACUACGCAGUGGAAACCAUGUUCAACAUGACGAGGCUGCUGGACUGUUCGGAGACCAAGCGACUGACCCAAAUGGCACGGGAGUACCUCUGGCGUAGGAAGCAGGAGCGUCGAUGGGAAGACAGACUUGCGCACGCAGAUAACGACCCAAACAAGUGUAGUAUAUGCGAGCGCAUGGGAAAAGAAGGCAGCAUCGGAGCUCUGAGCGUCGUCGAGUGUCUGGUUUGCGGACGCGCUGCGUGCUCCAGGUGUCGGGCUUCGAAACAGGUUUUUGUGAGCAGUCAGGACGGACUGAUGGGACGGCUGAUCAUGGUGCCCGUGUGCACUGGUUGCAUUAUAGAGGCGAACACGAGCUUUUUCGACGUCCUGCGAUCUCAGCGACGUGGACCGCCGCGGUGGAAGCACUCGAGCGGUGAACGUAGCAAUGCGAAGUCCACCCGUUGA